AGCCGUCGCCGUUCGGGCUCGAGGCUCAGAGCCCAGGAGGGCCCCCCUGGCCUCUGGUGCUGCGGGGGGGGGAGCAUGUGGGACGCCCUCGGCCCUCCGCGCCUCCCCGAGACCCGGGCCUCCGCCUGGCCGAGCCAGCCGGCAUGCGUGCUGCAGAGCUCGAGGAGGAGGAGAUCGAACGGGCCCUGGCGCUGGAGGCGCACUCCGCGGAGCCGGGCGACGCCGACUCCUGGGACGAGGAGGACCUCGCGCUCGCCAGCGCCGCGGCCGACCUCUUCGAGGCCCAGGGGAGAGCGCUGGCCUCUUCGGCGGCGCCCCCGGCGGCCGCACCGGUGCCCAGCGACCCGGGCGGCUUCGAGCCCGCGGCGGCGCCCCCAGCAGCCACGCCGCUGCCCAGCGGCCUGGGCGGCUUCGUGCCCCCCGCGGCCGCGCCGCUGCCCAGCGGCCUGGGCGGCUUCGUGCCUCCGGCGGCGCCCCCGGCGGCGCCCCCAGCGGCCGCGCCGCUGCCAAGCGACCCGGGCGGCUUCGUGCCCCCAGCGGCGCCCCCGGAAGCUGCGCCGCUGCCCAGAGGCCCGCUGGACGUUUUCGUGCCCCCAGAGCCACGCCCAGAGCCAGCGCCAGGAGUCCUGGGCUCCGCUUGCCACCGCGGGGUGCCUCAGGCAGCGGCCGCCACAGCGGCGGCACAGGACGAGCGAGCGGAUAGCUCGGCGGCGGAGCAGGGCGCUGGAGCGACCAUGAGCAGGCCGCGGACACCCGUGGAGGUGUUCGGGCGCCGUUUGGAUGAGCUCUGCGGCGGGGCCGGCCCUCCAGGCGCCUCUGGCACCCAGCCUCGGGGGCCGUCGUGCCGAGUUGAGGCCUCGAAGGCUUGCCAUCGCAGCGACAUCCAAGAUGUGCAGGUGGAAUUCCCCUUUGCCGCGGGCCCUCUGGCGCCUCAGAGGCAGGUCAUGGAGCAGGUGGUGCGGGCCCUGGAGUCCCGCCACCACGCCGUCAUGGAGAGCCCCACGGGCACCGGCAAGACCGCAGCGGUGCUCUGCGCGGCGCUCGCGUGGCAGCGCAGGCUGCGGCAGAAGACAGGCGAGGCCCCCCAGAUUUUGUUCCUGUCGCGCACGCACGCCCAGCUCAAGCAGGCGCUGGCGGAGCUCCGUCGCACGCCGUACCGCCCCACCGUGGCGGCCAUCGGCUCCCGCGAGAGCGGGCUGUGCGCCAACCCCGCCGUGGAGGGCCUGGCGCGGACGGGUGGACAGCUCGGCGUCAGGCAGGGCUGCCGCCAAGCUCGGCGGCGUGGCGAGUGUGCGCUGCACGCGGGCCUCGGCACGCCCGGCCUCGCGGGGGAGGCCGCGGAGCGCCUGCGCGGGGGAGAGCCGUGGGACAUCGAGGACAUCGCUGCCUUCGGGCGCGAGGCCUGCGCUUGCCCCUACUACCUGGCGCACUCCCUGGCGCGGCACGCGGAGCUCGUCUUCUCGCCCUACAGCUACGUGCUGGACCCGUCCAUCCGCCGGGCUGCAGGCGUCAGCGCGCUGGACCUCCGGGGGCGCGUGGUGAUCAUCGACGAGGCCCACAACGUCGAGGGCGUGUGUCGGGACUCUGGGUCCAUGGAGAUCACCGCGGAUCUCCUGCGCGGCGUGCUCUUUGCCCUGCGGCGCGCGCUCGGGGAGGGUGCGCCGGGCACCGGAGCUUCGCUGCGGCCGCCGCAGGCCGCAGCGGAGCCAGCCCCGCAGCCCGCGCGAGGGCGCAGAGUGGGCACGCUGCGGGGCCGCGGCCGCGGCCCCUCCGCUGCCGCGGAGAGCGCGGAGGAGCUGGGUGGCUUUUUGACGCCAGGGCAGCCGGGUGCGUCGGCUCCAGCAGCGAGCCAGAGCGGCUCGAGCCCCUCGCGUCAUUGGCAAGGGCGGCGGAUGGUGUCGCAGAGGUUGGCACGGUCUGCGCGCAGUCUCGUGGCCCUGUUCUCCCGGCUGAGCGACGUCAUUUCGGAGGUGCGCGAGCCGACGACCUUCGCCCCGCACCUGCCGGAGGCGCGGCGGGUGCCCGCGCUGCUGCGCCAGCUGGGGCUGGAGCGGGAGCCCCUCCUGGAGGCGGAGCCGGGCCCCACGGGAAUGCUCGACUUGGCUGGGGGGGUGCUUGCCCAGUUGGCGGCGGCGCAGAGGGCACCGGAGCUCUACGCCGCACACUUCGACCCAGUGGAGCGGCGGGCACUGAUGCUGUGGCUGAACGCCGCGGAGGGCACCCUGGCGCCCCUCGCUGAGGCAGCGCACAGCCUGCUGCUGAUGUCUGGCACGCUGUCGCCCAUGGCCGCCACCGUGGCCGAGUUGGGGCCCACGGCCGCCAGGCGCAUGCUCCCGCCGCUUCAGGCUGGGCACGUGAUCGGGCGGGGCGCGCUGAGGUUGCUGGCCGUCGGGCACCAUGGGACCACCAAGCUGGAGGGGACCUUCCACGCGUGGAGGCGCGACCAGUUCCUUGGCGCCCUGGGCGGAGCGAUCGUCGACAUCCUCCGGGUCGUCCCGGGCGGGGUGCUGGUCUUUCUGCCGAACUACGACUACCUCGACCGGUGCCUCCAGUCGUGGCAGGGCGCGCUCCAGAAGAAGAAGAGGCGCGGCGCGGUGGAGUACGUCAGGGGCACGGACUCCGCGGGAGUCUGGCAGCGGCUGUGCGAUCCGAAGGGGGCGCCGUGGUGGUGGAGCCGCCGCCACGCACCCGCGAGGGCGAGCAGACCGCCCUCCACGGCGCGCACGCGGCGGAGGCCUAUGUCGAGGCCAAGCGGGCCUACGAGGACGCCGUGCGGCGGCACGGGCAGGCCGUGCUGCUCGCCGUAUACCGCGGGCGCAUGAGCGAGGGCGUCUCCUUCGACGACGACGCAACUGCUCGCGCCACACCGCCUCCUCCUCCUCCUCCUCCUCCCCCUCCUCCUCCUCCUCCUGCUUCUCCUCCUCCUCCUCCUCCUCCUUCUUUUCC